AUGUGGAGUCCUCCAAAGUCACGAGGAGUGAUAUUUUUUUAUAAAAUAGUUCUUAUAUUCCUUCAAAUAGCGUUUACUAUAUGGUCUCGUUUAUAUAUGUUAUGUUUUACAAUUAAUGAGUACAUAUCAGCUAUAACAAAAUAUCAUCACCGUACACCACAGAUCAUUAAACGAGAUGUGGGAAGAUUAAAGAAAAUUCCUCAUCAUUUAGCGGUUAUUUUAGAAUACAAAAAAGAUGGUGGUUUAGAACUACUUAUUCAUCAAGUUGCUGAAUUGUCAUGUUGGUGUGUGUCAUCAGGAAUUCGGAUUUUAACUAUUUAUGAGAAAGAGGGACGUAUGAAGGAAUAUCAGUCAGCUACGUAUCGUAUUAUUUUACAAAGAAUGCAGAGUUAUUUUGGAAGAUCAAGACAUAAUAUAAAAAUUCGUUCCCCUUAUGUUUCUGUUUUUUCUAGUGAUGAAGUUAGUAAUGAUGAAACAAAUUAUCCUAUAGGUAAAAACUUGUUAUGUAAUUUUAUUGUAAUCAUAAAUAUCUUAGAUCUUGAAAUAAUUUUUAUUUCUCAAGAAGAUGGUAGAGAAUCUUUAGUUGACCUAACAAAAACACUAUGCGAGCUUUCUCAAUCUGAUAAAUUUUCUAUUAAAGAUAUUAGCAUUGAAUUAGUAGAUGCUGGAAUGAAUACUUCUCUUUUAUCUGAACCACAACUAUUAAUGGCUUUUACACCAACCUGUACUCUUCAAGGAUUUCCACCAUGGCAAAUAAGAUUUACCGAAAUCUUUUUUGUUCAAAGUGAGGAUUCUGUUGACUAUCAUGUAUUUAUGAAAGGAUUACAACUUUACGCAAAUGCUGAGAUGCGAUGGGGGAAAUAA